AUGAUCAACUCACGAGGCAAGGUGAGCGGCUAUGUCAAGCCGGCUUCGCCGGGCUCGGCGAAGGAUGCAGUUCCGUUCUUCGCUGCCGCCCCCAGAGCAUCUUACUCGAGCAGCGAUGGGCACAACCCCCUCAUCAAAGAUCUCUUAAAGGACCUUGACAGGAACUCUUCCCUUGAUGACGUCUACGGUGUCGGCCACUUGCAAGCACCGAACGCCAGCAACGAUGAUACCUUUUCGAACCUCGACCUACAGCUGCGGCGGCCCAGCGAGGAAUCGACGGCGAGCUGCCGUAGCAGCGCCCGAAACCGUGACAAGGCAGCCACGGAUAUUCUCUGCAAGACCGGUCAGCGCUUUGUGCACGCCAUGUGGAUGCACAAACUUGAUGAUUUCUUCAGCCCUGCUCGCGGUGAGAGCGCCGAGGACGUCCUGCGACGUCAGCUACGCAAGAAAGAUCAAGAGGAGGUGGAGGCAGUGGUGCUGUCGUUAGUGGAGCUGCUUGAGGAGGUGCGCAAGGCAAGGAGCCAAAUAGUGCCGGUCGCCGGCUCGCUCUCGUUGCUCGACACGCCUGGGCGAAGGCGUACCUCCUUCAACAGCAUGCACUCCGCAGUGAGCACGGCCAGCCUCAUGCGGCCACCGGUGCAUGAGACGAAUCAGCUCGCCAUGGCGUACGAUCAGCAGGGAAACCGCAUGAUUAACUGCUAUAGGGUGAUCGCGAAUCUAGGACGUGGCGCGUACGGCAAAGUCAAGCUUGGGAUCGACACCAAUACCGGCCAGAAGGUAGCUAUCAAAAUAAUUGACAAGAAGCUGCUCAAGAAGCUCGGUGGCCUAGGCACCAGCAACCAGGAGGCGGCGCUGAAGCGCGAAAUCGCCAUCAUGAAGAAAGUGCGCCACCGGAACUGCGUAUCCCUAUACGAGGUUAUCGACGACCCAGAUUCGCACAUACUCUACCUAAUCAUGGAGUAUGUGCCAAACGGGCCUGUUGUCAGGCUGAAGCCGCAGGGGCUUAGCAGUACUGCCCUGGAGUCCAUCGAGGCCGGCAUUCCGCUGAAUGGCGAGGUCUGCAACAAGGCCCUGAUGCGGUGUGCGGUGCGGCAGUCCGCCAACGGCGAUACUGCGUCCCUCACCGACGCGGAGAUCAACAGUAAUCCGACGGUUUUCCUCUGCAAGCCGCUUAGCCAGCACAUCUGUGCACUGUACCUGCGCCAACUUGUGAGUGGACUGCGAUAUAUGCACAAGCGAAACCUCGUUCACCACGACAUCAAGCCGGACAAUAUCUUGGUUGGCACCAACCAUCACGUUUUUCUCAGCGACUUCGGCGUUAGCGAGAUCCUCUCCACCCGGCGGGAGGUGGAAAAUGCCGUGAAGAAAAACCGUGGCGGCCCGAGCAGCGACUUCAGUAGCGAGCACUCCUUGAAAUCCGAUACUAGCGAUUCGACCAAUGAGGAUGACACUGACAACAAACCUCGCCUGGGUGGUGGCACGCUCCUCUUCACCGCGCCGGAGCUGUUUGACGGCUCGGUGAAUAAAAGAUUGCUCGAUCCCCACCUGACCGACGUCUGGGCGCUCGGCGUCACGCUCUACUGCAUGCUUGUUGGCAUGUCCCCGUUUUUUGGUAGCACGUACUCCGAGGUGCGCACAAACAUCCUGAUGCAGACGUUCCCGUGGUGCGGCAAGACAAUGUAUGGGACGCCGCUGGCGGCGGAGUGGCGGGUUGUGCUGAACGGGCUGCUGGCCAAGAACCCCAACAAUCGCUGGUCGCUGGUGCGGCUCAAGGCGUUCCUCGACCGGAGCAGCUUCCAGCAGACCAUGCGACAGAGUGCGUUGCUCGAGGCAUCGACGCGGGCUCGUUCCUUUACCUCCCUGGACGGUGACGCAUCCCCCUCCCCUUCUACAGCGCAGCGCGCCGCUGGCUCGGUAGCGUUGUUGUCAGCCGGGACAUCUGCCAAGGGACUCAAGCUGCCGCUCGCGUGUGGCUCGGUGUCGAAGGACACGAACGUCUCCCUCCCUCUCCCCCGUGUGGUUUCUUCUUCCAAGACCGUUUCCGCCUUGUCAAUGGAGGCGGGCAGCGCUGCUCGCAGCUUCUUGUGGGACUUUGGCAUCUCGGAGGAGGAGGUGCGAGGCGCCACGCGAACGGUGAAGGUCGAGGUGAUGCGGCAGAAGACCGUCCUCUCGGCGCACACGCGCACCAUUGUGCGUCGCUACGUCGAAUGGAUUCGCGCGCGCAUGCACGCUCGGAACUUCGUUCCACUGAGCUGCGCCUCCCCUUUAAGGAGAAGGUCGCACGUCGGCUCCCUGGUCUCCGUGCAGAUGUGCGCUGGCGCCAACAGGAGCGGCAAGGCGUUGACCUCCAACAGCGAAAGGGUACAUGUGACGCACGUCCCUGUCCUCGCUGUGGCGUCAAGGCUUCACCGAGCCAGCGAGGUCAGCCCCAUAGGCGCUAGAUCUUUCUUGUUUCCUCCGCAGAGGAGCCCCCAUUCCUCGGCGGGAGAUGCUCGCACGGGGAGGCAGCGGAACGGUAGCUGCAGCAGCAAUAACGGCAGUGGUCGCGGGCUUGCUUGUGGCAGCGUGGAAAACCGUGGCUUGGACGGCAGAUUACAGUCACUGGAUGCCGCCCUCUCUAUAGUGAACUUGCAGAGCACCACCGAUGCGCACUCCCUCACCUUUUUUAGCUUGACGUCAUCGAGUGCCUCGUCGCAGGCUUCCUUUUCUUUGCAGACCGGGUACCGUGGGCAUCACGUCGACAGGGAAACCGGCUACAAUGACAGCAUCCUGGCGGGCAACUUGGCAACUUCGAGCGAGGAUACGCCGGCGUCCAGGAACGGGAUGGCCGACAAAGUCAGUUGGUGUAAUGUACAGACGCCAUCGACGGUCGCGCAGACGAUGCUGCCCAGCAGCGCGACGCCUUCAUAUAUUGCUGUGGAGGAGAGCCGAAAAGGGGUGGGCGCAAAUGGCAGCAAGAGCCGGUUCCAGCAAUUCAUGCGCGGCAAGAAAGCACCGAGCGGCGCCUCUGUCAGUGACGACCGCACCUCUAAUCAACCCACGCUUGCACCCAGGUCACGUUCCACGGUGUCGCCGCUGCUCGAUUCGGUUCUCUGCAGCGGCACCAGCGGCUUGGGAGACAGCAACUCAGCUGGGUGCUGUAGUGCAUUCCCUAACCCGAAGACUGUCAGCGUGGCUGGCCGUUGUCUUGCCGUGCCACCAGACGAGCACGCCUCGACGGUGCAGUUGCCAGGCUCGAUGGGCAACAAAUACCCCGUAGGGCCGAUGCAGGGGCGCCUUUGUGACGGUAAACUGGCUGUUCCCGCCUUGACAUCCUUUGAGCAGGUGCCGCGCGUCACGGUCUCGAAGCGGCUUCCCUCUGUUGUUCGGAAAUGA